CCAUGUGUUAAAGUUGGACCGGCAUUCAGUUCCGUUCCGGACGCCGAGAGUCAAACACUGCACAUAUUCUUCCAACCUGAUAUAAAUAUAUUUAAAUGAUGUCGAGAGUAGAGAUAAACCCACAUAUUUCCGGUCAUGAAUUACUGAGGCUACUGCAAAUAUGUUUUUUGUUUGUUACCGCAUCCGUUCCAGGCGCCAACUCCGAUACGGAUCCUAGCACUGGCAAUGUCAAGGCUGUAGAUCGUCUUCAUGCCGGGCUCUUCCUCAACUACAACAAAAAUAUCCAGCCCCAAUUCGAAGGAGUGCCGACACCGGUGGGAUUGGGUAUAACCAUUACCUAUUUGGAUGUCGAAGAGAUGAGUGGCAAGCUUAACGUUCACUGUUGGCAGAAUAUACGCUGGAGGGAUGAGAUGCGAAUCUGGACGCCAUCGGAGUAUGACAACAUAACUGAGAUCACCCUGAAGGCUAGCGAAGUUUGGAAGCCGGAAAUCAAGCUUAUGGACGGAAACGAUGGCGGAAGCCUUGAUGACAACCAUGUUAUUUUAACCCAUGAUGGGCAUUUCCAGUGGGUACCACCAGCCAUGUAUUUUGCAUACUGUAACCUCAAUAUGAUCAAUUGGCCGCACGAUCAGCAAACCUGCAAGCUAAAGAUCGGAUCCUAUGGCCUGAAGGAUAUCAAGUCGGACUUAAAUUUUACGGGAAAGGGCGACCUUUCCUCCGCCAAGGAGUUUGAUAGUUCGGUUCCAUCCACCGAAUGGGAGAUCGUAGACUCCAAGGUCAAGUUUGUUAGCCAGGACUACUACGGUUAUUUGGAGUAUACACUGACAAUACAGCGUCAAUCCUCCAUUUACAAAGCCAUCAUCUAUACGCCAGCCUCGUGUAUAGUUAUCCUCGCAUUGGCCGCAUUCUGGUUACCUCCUCACAUGGGCGGCGAGAAGAUCUUGAUCAACGGAUUACUCAUCAUAGUGAUAGCUGCCUUCCUGAUGUACUUUGCCCAGUUACUACCAAUUGUGGCCAACAAAACGCCGCUUGUGGUCAUUUUCUAUAGCACCACAUUGAUGUUCCUCAGCAUAUCUACCAUCAUUGAAGUGGCUGUCCUUUAUUUGGCCACAGCAAAGCACAAGAGACGUAUACCUGAUAUCCUUAAGAAGCUUUUGCACGGAAAACUCGGCACCUGGCUGCUCCUUUCGCAGUUCUGCGUCAGCCUGGAACCGAAUUCCGAUCAGAACAAGGAAAUGGACGAGCACCUGUACGAGAAUGGGAAGGAUGUCGACGAUGAUGCCACUAAUCCACUGGACAUUAAUCCCAAUGAAGUGGCAGUAUCUCGGAUUAUCCAGUUCGAUUGGGUUCUAUUGGCCACUGCUGUAGAUCGAGUGUGCUUCCUGGUCUUCAGUCUGGCCUUUUUGAUUUUGGCCAUUAUUUGUGCUGUCUAGGAUGUAACUAAAACAAUAAUGCUAAUAUAUCUCGAAUAAGCUCUUAAUUUGAAAAAUUGUAUACUAAUUUGGUUCUCCCUAAAGCUUAUUCAAGAGAUAGAAGCAUUCAAUCACUUAUACUUCCGUUUUUUUAAAUGAUUACCUGUAUUUUAUUCUUUUGUGCGAACUUAGAAUUAUAUAAUGAAGAUGAACCUUUUUUUGGAAAUAAAGGAUUCUCUACCGAA